AUGGGUGGUUGCACUAGCAAGCCUAAGACCAUGGAGAAGGAAGGCGUCCUCGCCCCUACCUCUGUUCCCGUUCUUGUUGUUAAGGAGUCGAAGAAGACAAAGGAUGCACGAUCAAAGAAGGAGAAGGAUUCUUCACAUCAAAUCAUUGGCUGUAGUGGAGGUGGCGGAGAGGGGAAGAGAAACGCUGCCGGGGGUGGAGAUUUAAAGAAGCUUCGCGCAGGAGGUGGCGGAGAGGGUAAGAGAAAUGCUGCCGGUGGUGGAGAUUUAAGGAAGCUUCGCGUAGGUGGUGGCGGAGAGGUGAAGAGGAACGCCGCUGGAGGGGGCGGAGAAGUGAAGAGGAAGACAGAUAGAGAUCUACGAGAAUACUUCAGGUCGGGCGAUGAGUCAGCAAUGGCAAGAAAUGGAUGA